AUGUCUCUCAGCCCUCCUAUCCACAACUUUGCGCGCUCCUUCGACGACGCCGAUGACAUAUCUGCAAGCGGAACAAGUCCAGCCCAGCUAAAUCUUCAACGUCUCUUUGAACAGUCACUCGGCGGAGCUCCAGCGUCCAAAAAGGAUGCGCAAAAACCAGACACCCCCGGGCCGAACUCUGCUGGUGCGCCUCCAAAGGGGAAACCGCGUCUAUUACUUAUGGGACAACGAAGGAGUGGAAAGUCGUCCAUCUCCAGUGUAGUAUUCCACAAGCUUCCCCCAAAUGAGACCCUAUUUCUCGAGUCAACAGCUCGUAUCCAGAAGGAUUCCAUGGCAUCGUUUAUGGAUUUCCAAGUCUGGGACUUCCCGGGCCAGAUCGACGUCUUUGAAAACCCAGGAUUCGAUAUCGAGGCCAUAUUCAGCGAGAUUGGCGCCCUGAUCUGGGUCAUCGAUGCCCAGGACGACUACCUAGAGGCUGUCAUGCGCCUCAACACCACAAUUCUCUUCCUUCAGCGCACCUACCCCAACAUCAACAUCGAGGUCUUUAUCCACAAGGUUGAUGGUCUUUCAGACGACUACAAGCUCGACAUCCAGCGCGACAUAACCAUCCGCAUCCAGGAUGAGUUGUCAGACCAUGGUUUUGAGAACGCACCUGUCACCUUCCAUCUCACCUCCAUCUACAACCAUUCCAUCUUCGAGGCCUUCAGCAAGGUUAUUCAGAAGCUCAUUCCCCGCCUCGGAACGCUCGAAUCCAUGCUCACCAACCUCUGUCGUACGUGCCGUUUUGAGAAGGCAUACCUGUUUGACGUACUCACAAAGAUCUACAUCGCCACGGACAGUGCUACUGCCGAUAUGGCCAGCUACGAGAUCUGCAGUGACUAUAUCGACGUUAUCAUCGAUAUAACAGAGGUCUAUGGCACGUGGCAGCGUAGCGAUGAAGGACGUCGUCGUCUCGAGGGCGAGCCGUGGAGCGCGCCCAUCGAUCAGCAAAUCGGCUGCAACACUGCAGAGAGCUGCCUUGUACUGCACGACGGCAACAAGCCCAUCAUGUUGCGCGAGGUGGAUCGUUACUUGGCUCUCGUUGCUAUCAUGAAGGAGGACUCGUACGAUAGCAUGCCGCUGGUCAAUAUGAAUGUUGAGGCCGUUGUUGAGGGGUUGACUGAAUUCUUCAACAUCACCAAGCCUCGUCAGUGA